AUGUCUAAGAUCGUGUUGCUGAGACUCAGCGACAACGGCGAGCCAUUGGUGAACAACUCCAACGGUGUUCUCGGUCUUCCGGCUAGUCCGCCACCUAAGGAUUGGAAGAAGGGGGAUCCCAUAUUCACUCUAAGACUUUUUAUUGCAGCCGGAUCAAAGAUCACAAACAAAGGGCAUAUCUGGACAGAUAUGCCUCCAGAUUCAACCUCUGGGUUUUCAAGAUCGAAAUUCUACAGCCAUUCCAUCGAUUGCUCUGCCCACAAGGACUCAACAAUAGACCUGCCUAUAUAUACAGCCGGAUCCUAUUGUUAUUACGUGGCCUAUCACUCAAUAGAGAAUGAGGAGGAGUCUCAGAAGCUCACUACUACCAGAAAAACGCAUUUUGUGGUUCCGCCAAGCUUGUCUAUCAACGGCGAGUUCUUGCCUUUGAAUGCCAUUACAUUGCAGUCUGUCGUUUCCAAAUGGGUUGGGAAAGACUUGGAAAAAGACUGGGAGCCAUUGUUUGCUCAUGUGAAGAGCAAAGGCUAUAACAUGAUUCACUUUACUCCUUUACAGGUUAGAGGUGAAUCCAAUUCUCCAUAUUCUAUCUACGAUCAGCUAUCUUUCGAUGCGGAUGUUUUCAAAGGAGGGGUUGAUGAGGUUCGGGCUAUGACUCAAAAGCUGCAGAAGGAACAUGGCAUUUUGUCAAUGACAGAUAUGGUGUGGAACCAUACUGCCAACAACUCUGAUUGGCUGCGUGAGAAUCCCGAGGCAGGAUACAAUCAAGAGACUGCCCCUCAUCUGGAAGCAGCAAUUGUUCUUGAUAAGUCGCUGCUUCAUUUCAGUAAGUACAUGAAAUGGCAUGGGUAUCCCACGGAUAUACGCUCUACUUCUGACUUGCUGAAGAUCAUGGAUGGUAUCAAGAUUCAUGUUUUGGGUGACCUAAAGCUUUGGCAGUACUAUGUCUUGAACGUUCAGCAACACCUGGAAGAACUCGAGAAAGCUUGGUCAAACUUGGCAAUCACUCCUACCAAGAUUCCGGAAGAUGUAAAGAACAAUCUCAAGAGUCUUUCCAAGUUUGUGGUUCAACUGGCACGUCCACAAGGAUUUGAACUAAGUUCCAGGAAUGCCAAUAAGCUCGACAUCUACAAGUUUGCAAGUGUUCUUCGCACUUUGGCCGGUGAAGACGCAGAUUUCUCUGAGGCAAAGAGUCAUGCUCAUAAGAUUCUGGAUGAGAUAAACUUGCCACUAUACAAAGCUUAUGACGAGGAUAACAGUGAAAUUCUUGAGCAGGUCUACAACAGGAUCAAGUAUCUUCGGCUUGAAGACAAUGGCCCCAAAUUGGGACCUGUGACCGAAUACAGUCCUCUGACGGAGCCAUAUUUCACCAGGUUUGAAGAUGCCUCUGGUAAAGAAUGGGCUCUGGCUAACAACGGUUGGAUUUGGGGAGGUAAUCCUCUGGUGGAUUUUGCUUCCAGUCAAUCCAAGGCUUAUCUGAGAAGAGAAGUGAUCAUUUGGGGCGACUGUGUUAAACUUCGCUAUGGAAAGUCUCCAGAGGAUUCACCAGCUCUCUGGGAACGAAUGACUAAAUACACUCAAUUGUCUGCGUCUAUAUUUGAUGGGUUCAGAAUUGACAACUGUCAUUCUACUCCUCUGCAUGUGGGGGAAGCAUUACUUGACAUUGCUAGGAAAACCAAUCCGAAUCUCUACGUUGUUGCCGAACUAUUCACGGGAGAUGAAAACAUAGACGUUUUGUUUAUGGAAAGACUAGGAAUUUCUUCAAUCAUAAGGGAAGCAAUGCAAGCUUACUCAGUUGGUGAGCUCUCUAGGUUGGUUCACAUGCAUGGUGGUAAACCCAUUGGUUCUCUUCAAUGGUUGCCCUUGGAUGAACUCGCUAUAACAGCUGAUCGGUCUGAGUUUUCGAAACGCUCUGAGGAGAAUAUCAACAAUGUCUCCGAACUGCCUGUACCAGAGAUGAUGGUAUCCCAACCUCCGCAUGCUCUAUUCAUGGACUGUACUCAUGAUAAUGAGAUGCCGAAUGAUAAACGCACUGUCGAGGACACCCUUCCGAAUGCGGCCCUGGUUGCCCUGUGUUCUUGUGCUACUGGUACUGUGUUUGGCUACGAUGAAUGCUAUCCGCAUCUGCUGGACGUGGUCCACGAGAAAAGGCUUUACAAUUAUGAAGACGAUAUGGGUAUAAGCUCUGCCAAAAAGAUCCUCAAUGGUAUAAGAACUGAGCUUGCUGAGCAGACCAAGAAUGACGUUGACCAGAGUGAAGUUCACAUUCACCAUGAGGGCCAGUACAUCAUCCUGCAUAGAUUGAACAGCAAAACUGGAAAGGGAUACUUUCUGGUCGCCAGAACCAAGUUUGUUGCUGAUGGUAACCAGGUACUGGCUCCGAUCUAUCUUAGUGGAAUCAAAGCUACACCUGCGUUUUCUUACACUUUGUCCAGGACAGGAGACGCUCCAUCAGGCUCUUCCGCAGAUGAGCGCAUUCUCCCUGUUCCCGUGGAGCUGACUGCGAUUCAAAAUCCGGAAGCGGAGUUUGACGAAGAGAAGAAUGAAACUGUAAUCCGUAUCUCGGAGUACUUUCCUCAAGGAUCGAUUGCUAUUUUGAAUACAGAGAUCGCUGGAUGUGAUGACGAACUCGACAAGUUCGUUAGGAGUGGUGCUAUUGCGGCUGCAGAAAAGCUAUCGCUGAUAGAUCUGAAUGCGAUCCUGUACAAGUGUGAAUCCGAAGAGAGAGAUGCAAGUGCUGGUACCGAUGGAGUAUACAAUGUGCCCAACUAUGGCCAUUUGGUAUAUGCCGGACUCCAGGGUUGGAUCUCUGCUUCAAAGGAUGCUAUCAAGGGCAACGACCUUGCCCAUCCGCUAGUUGAGCACUUGAGAAGUGGAAGUUGGGCCUGUGACUAUGUCGUGAAUAGGCUCGACAAAUAUUCGGGAUCAGAGGGAGUCAAAAUGUUUCAGGACUGGCUGCGUUCCAGACUACAGCGUAUAAAGCAAGUACCAUUUUUCCUUCUGCCACGGUACUUCCUUCUUGUGAUAGGUAUUGCCUAUGAAGCUUUGAGGUUUACAGCACUGAGUCUGAUGACACAGAAAUUACAGGAAAGUACGGCAUUUGUACAGAGUUUGGCGAUGUGUUCAGUACAGAUGGUUGGUUCUAUGAGGACAGCUUCCCUGAAUACUUUUGAGAUUGUGCCUUCUCUGGCUGCUGGUCUUCCACAUUUUAGCUAUGACUUCAUGAGAUGUUGGGGUAGAGACGUAUUUUUGGCACUGCGUGGGCUUCUGAUAGCUACAGGUAGAUUCGACGAAGCAAAGUCACACAUUUUGAACUUUGCGAUGACCCUGAAGCAUGGUUUGAUUCCUAAUCUUUUGGGGUCGGGAAAGGAUCCAAGAUAUAACGCAAGAGAUGCCGCAUGGUUCUUUUUGCAGUCUAUCCAGGAGUACGCGAAUUUUGCGCCUGAUGGUGACUCCAUCCUGAAUGAGACCGUCAAGAGGAGGUUCUUGCCUUUUGACGAUACCUACUUCCCCCAAAAUGAUCCCCGUGCUUUCAGUCAGGAGUCGACUUUGGAGGAAAUAAUUUACGAGAUUCUUGCGAGACAUGCGAAAGGAAUCAGCUACCGUGAAGCAAACGCAGGGCCCAAUCUUGAUUCUCAAAUGCGCGAUGAAGGCUUCAACGUGAAUGUACAUGUGGAUUGGACAACAGGUUUGGUACAUGGUGGGAAUCAAUUCAACUGUGGUACCUGGAUGGACAAAAUGGGUGAAAGCACAAAAGCAGGAAAUAAAGGUAUCCCGGGAACACCCAGAGAUGGUGCGGCUAUAGAAAUCAAUGGUCUUUUGAAGAGCGCCUUGCGUUUUGUGAAUGCUCUUCAAGACGAGAAGAAGUUCAAAUAUACUGACGUUGAGAAGCAGGACGGAACCAAAAUAUCUUUGAAGGACUGGGAGGCCCUUCUUCAAGAAAACUUUGAACGCUGCUACUACAUUCCGGAAGAUCCUGGUGAGGACCAGGACUAUGAUGUUAACCCUGAUAUUGUGAACAGAAGAGGAAUCUACAAAGAUCUCUACAAAUCUGGCAAGCCGUAUGAGGAUUAUCAACUUCGGGGUAACUUCCCUAUUGCAAUGGUUGUUGCUCCAGAACUAUUCGAUCCGGAAAAGGCCUUCAAGAGCAUCCAAAAGGCUGAUACCAUUAUGAGGGGUCCUAUAGGGCUUAAAACUCUGGAUCCUUCGGAUCUGAACUAUAGGCCUUUCUACAACAAUUCCGAAGACAGCGAGGAUUUUGCAACCUCGAAAGGCAGAAAUUAUCACCAAGGUCCUGAAUGGUGCUGGAUUCUGGGCUUCUAUUUGAGAGCCUUCAAGAUAUUCUACUAUGCUCAGCAUCCUGAGUGUUCAACACCAAAUGGCAAAGCUGCGGACUAUCUUCACCAACUGUUGUCAAAAAGAAUGAUUGCCCAUCGUGACAUGAUCCAGUCCACUGUUUGGGCAGGAUUGACUGAACUGACCAACGAAAAUGGUGCCUAUUGUGCAGACUCGUCUCCAACCCAGGCCUGGAGUGCUUCGUGUUUGUUGGACCUCUUCUGCGACCAAUGGGAAGAUGAAGGGUUUAAGUAA